AUGGAGGCAGCGGCAGCCCUGAACGAGAGCGGAGCGGCGGCCCCGCGGCUGCCGGCCGGCGGCAGCAGCAACUCCUCGCUGGAGCUCUCGUCGCGGCCCCCGGCGCCCGCCGCCCUCAACCCCUGGGAUGUGAUGCUCUGCGUGUCCGGCACCGCCAUCGCCUGCGAGAACGCCCUGGUGGUUGCCAUCAUCUGCUACUCGCCCGCCCUGCGCACCCCCAUGUUCGUGCUGGUGGGCAGCCUGGCCACGGCUGACCUCCUGGCCGGCCUCGGGCUCAUCCUCAACUUCGUGUUCCAGUACGUGAUCCGCUCGGAGACGGUCAGCCUGCUGACGGUGGGCUUCCUCGUCGCCUCCUUCGCCGCCUCCGUGAGUAGCUUGCUGGCCAUCACGGUCGAUCGCUACCUCUCCCUCUACAAUGCCCUCACCUACUACUCGGAGAGGACGGUGCUCUGCAUUCACACCAUGCUGGCCGGUGCCUGGGGGGUCUCCCUCUGCCUGGGGCUGCUGCCCGUCCUGGGCUGGAACUGCCUCCACGACCGCACCUCCUGCAGCGUCGUCAGACCCUUGACCAAGAGUAACGUGACGCUGCUGUCUGCCUCUUUCUUUCUCAUUUUCCUCAUCAUGCUCCAUCUCUACAUCGAGAUCUGCAAGAUCGUCUGCAGGCAUGCUCACCAGAUAGCUCUCCAGCAGCAUUUUCUGACUGCUUCGCACUAUGUCACCACCAAAAAAGGAGUCUCUACCCUGGCUAUCAUCCUCGGGACUUUCGGAGCCAGCUGGCUGCCUUUUGCCAUCUACUGUGUGGUGGGGGAUCCUGACUACCCUUCUGUGUACACGUACGCCACGCUCCUACCUGCUACCUAUAACUCCAUGAUCAACCCCAUCAUUUAUGCCUACAGAAACCAGGAAAUCCAGAGGUCCAUGUGGGUGCUCUUCUGUGGCUGCUUUCAGGCUAAAGUGUCCUUUCGCUCCCGGUCCCCCAGCGAUGUCUGA